AUGGUGAAGAAUCCUCCUGUGAAACGGCAAUCCGAACCCGCUCUGCCAACAACAGAGGACCGCUCUCCCAGCAGAUCUCUGGCCAAACCUCGACAGACCGCAUGGCAGUCCGCCCGCAGCCACCUCGGCAACGAAAUCUCCCUCUCGCACGCAGACAUCCCCAUCAUAGCAUGCUGUCUCGUCUCCGGGCUCUGCGACAGCAGCGCCUACAACGCCUGGUCGUGCUUCGUGUCCAUGCAAACUGGUAACACCAUCUUCCUCGCCCUCGGCGCCUCCGGUCAGCCAACCAGCCAUCCCGACGGCUGGCUCAAAUCCCUCCUCAGCAUCGCCUGCUUCCUAUGCGGCUGCUUCUGCUUCGCUUCUACCCGACUCAUAAACCCGAAAGCGCGGGGCACACUCGCGGCAUCCUUCCUCCUCCAAAGCAUAUGCAUAAUCGUCGCAGCGGCGUUAGUACAGGCACACGUCGUCCCCGAGCCCAAAGGCCUCGUCACGGAAAACAACCUGGGCUUCGAUCCCUACGAACUCCUGCCAUUAGGUUUCCUUGCUUUCCAGUCUGGGGGGCAGAUCGUGACAUCUAGGCUACUGGGCUUUAAUGAGGUUCCGACGACGGUAUUGACGAGUGUUUAUUGUGAUUUGGCGAGUGACCCGAAGAUUAUUGCCCUGGAUAAUGUGAAGCGGAAUAGGAGGGCCGCGGCUGUGCUUGCGAUUCUCAUCGGGGGUAUUGCCGGCGGGUGGAUUAGUAGGAGUCAGGCGGGGAUGUCGGUGAGUUUGUGGGUAGCUGCUGCGAUCAAGUCUGGGAUUGCGGUGAGUUGGUCGCUCUGGAAGCCCAAGACCGCCAGUCUGCUGUGA